GUGUUCGUUCAGCCCCCCAGCAGCUCUCAGCGUGGUUCUUCAGUUCUUUAUUGAGGCUAACACCAGCAACCUAAACGCUCCGAGCUGCUGUAAAGCAGGUAACAGCAAUUAGUUGAAAGUUAAAGUUUAUUUCGUCGCCAGAGUCCUCCCAUGUUCGCUUACAUCCGUCUGUUUUGUAACCAACGAAGAAGAAGACAUGGAGCCGAUAACAAAGUGGACGCCGAAACAGGUUGUUGACUGGACGAAAGGCCUGGACGACAGCUUGCAGCAGUAUGUUGGUAAUUUUGAGCGUGAGAAGAUCAGCGGGGAGCAACUACUGAAGAUCACACAUCAAGACUUGGAGGAGCUGGGAGUAGCGAGGAUCGGACACCAGGAACUUGUUCUGGAGGCCGUCGAUCUGCUCUGUGCUCUUAACUAUGGAGUGGAAACGGAUAACUUGAAGAAUCUGGUGAUGAGGAUGAGAGCUGCGACCAAUAGUUUACACAUGGCUACGUCGGAUCGCAGAAAAAGCCCAGCGCAUGAUGGAAGCAUCUCUCGCAAGCCACAGAAUGACUUCCUCACCUCUGUAGUGGAGCUGAUCGGUGCUGCUAAGAGCUUUUUGGCUUGGCUCGACAGGACACCUCUUACAGGAAUUAGUGACUUCACAACUACCAAGAACAAGAUCAUCCAGCUGUGUCUGGAGCUCACCACCACAGUUCAGCAGCAGGACUGCAGUAUUUACGAGAUGGAAGAAAAGAUCCUUGAAGUUUCCAAAGUUUUGAACAAUAUCUGUGAUCAGACCGUGAGAACCACAUCUGACCCCCUCAUGAGCCAGUCUACAUGUUUGGAGGAAGUCCAGCUGACUGACAUCAAACCAGGCGAGGGUCUGGGAAUGUACAUCAAGUCUACGUAUGAUGGUUUACAUGUCAUCACUGGAACCACAGAACAUUCUCCUGCAGAUCUAUCAAGAAGGAUCCAUGCUGGUGAUGAGGUGAUACAAGUCAACCAGCAGACUGUGGUUGGCUGGCAGCUGAAAAACCUUGUUUUUAAGUUGAGGGAGGACCCAAAAGGUGUGGUGCUACUUCUUAAGAAGAGGCCCACCGGCACAGGUGGUUUCACCCCUGCCCCCCUUAAGAACAUGCGCUGGAAGCCUCCUGUACCUCAGAAUAAUUCCUCUCUGAUCAGAGCCCAAUCCCCCUGUGGUUCGGCUAAUGGAUCAACCAAAAAGGAGAAGCCAGCUUUCCUAGAUUUGUACAUUCCCCCUCCUCCUCCAAUGCCAUACACCCCCAGAGAGAUGAAAACAGACUCCAUAUCCAGCACCAGUAAAAUACCAAAGGGCUCUGAGUCACCCAACUUCUUCCUGGACCAGAAGAGCAGAAAACGAAGCUCUGACACAGACAAUGACAAGCUGAGCUCCGGUUGUCCUAUUGAAGCCAACGUGUUGCAGCCCAGAAUGAGGGAACAUAAGUCGUCACGGGGUAAGCCACGGCCGCUGUCAAUGCCAGCAGAUACGUGUGUUAAAAUUGCUGAUACAUACGCCAAGCCCUGGGCACAAGGCAGGAAAGGUGAGGACCUCCUCUACAGAUACCUGAGUAACGAGCGGAUCCCCACCAUUGCAGAAGAGGUCCCGUCGGUUUCUUCGCCCUACAGGCCUGCAGCGGAGCGUCACCUCAUCCGGGUGGACCACAUCCGAGGCAGCCGCUACUACUCCAACUCCGACCUCCACAACAGCGCCACCAUCCCCUAUCAGGAAGACACGAAAAAGGCCGCUGUGACCCCCAUCUCAAGGCGGGCGCCAGCAGAACGCUCACUACUGGUCAGUUGGAUCACGCGGCUUAAGCUAUUGACUCACUGAUGAUGCGCUUCCUGUGCGGGGCU